GUCGGAUCACGUGGCUGCGCCCCCGCCCUCCGCGCUCCUUAAAGCCGCACUCCGGGAGGGAGCGGGUGGCCGGUUGGGUGUGUGCUGAGCUGCGGCCCUGUGCGAGCCGCUGGUGGCGCUGAGCGGGGUCGGGGCGGCGGAGCUCGCUGGGUGCAUGGGUGAUCCUGUGAAUUCCAAAAUGAAGCAGAAACAGAACGCAGAAAAAUCGGGACCUUUGCAGAAGUACCUCACAGACACCACAUGCAGCGCUGCCCCAAGACGGACUCUUAGAAUGAUUCAGCCUUCAGCAACAGGUUGCCUGGUUGGCAGACGUAAUGAGAAAAAAUCUUCAGUCAAAAGGAAAUGCAAGUUAACCUCAAAGGCUUUUAAAGCUGGGGUAGCUGUGGUAAAGGAGCAAGAAAAUGAGAAUAUUAAUGAUGCUGUUGAAGCUGUAGAUCUCAUGAUAGAAGGAAGUCCUUCAUCUCAGUAUUGGAAAGAAGUGGCUGAAGAAAGGAGAAAGGCUCUGUAUGAAGUGCUUCAAGAAAAUGAAAAGUUGCACAAAGAAAUCGAGCAGAAAGACAGUGAAAUUGCCCGCCUAAAAGAAGAAAAUGAAGAGCUGAUGUCCCUUGUAGAACACGUGCAUUAUAUGACCAGCAUGAUUGAGAGGCUAACUGGGCAAGCACCUGACAAUCUUGAGGCACUGGAUAGUCUGGCUCUAGAGGAAUCCAAACAAGAAAAUGAAGAGCUUCACUGUGUAGAUGAUGCAGACAGUGCUUCUGAAGAAGGACCAUCACAAGUAUCAUGUGGCUUAUGGGGGAGUAUAUCAGAUGUUGCUUCAAAGGAAACAAAUAAUUUGCAACAUGAAUGACAACCUUUAAAUAGGCUUAUGUAUGUGGCUUUUAAUUGCAGACUUCCUCUUGAAAGGAUAUACUAAAACUUCUCGGGUAUAGAAACUCUUGUGGAAGCAUUACAGAUGUUGGUUUUAACUGGAAUUAUGUGCAGUGGGAGUGUCUGAUACUGCAUCCAAAACUUACUACAGGCUGUGCUUAGUUGCUUGUAUAAAAUGCAAAUACUGUGUAUUUCAAAUUGUGUAAAUAUCAGUUGGUCUGACAUCAUACGUGAAAGUUGAUAAAUAAAUCUUUGCAUUAUUAAAA